CCACACGCUCUCACAAAAAGAGAGAAAGACGGAAACAGCAGAGUGUGCCAACGAUCGAUCGAGGCAUGUGUAAUUGACAGAAACGAUGGAGUGCUGCUGUUGUUGCGAAGUGCUCAUGAUGCCCUUCGCCCCUGUCUGUGACCCUGAUGAAGGCGCUCGGCUCAGAGAAGUGGACGUGUGUGGACGUGUGUCGGGAUGUGAUGGACGGAUGGAUUGGAUGUCGUGGACCGUGUGCUGAUGGAGAGGAUGCCGCCUGGAUGAAUGGAUGAAUGGAUGGUGCUGGUGCUGAUGCUGAUGGAUGGCAGGCUGAAGGAUAGUAGUUGUGUGUAGGCAAGCAUGACGAUAAGCCGUAGAUACGCACAGCGAGAGGCAGGGCAGAAAGAAGCGCUAGAUAACCCCGCAUUGCAUGCAUGCGUGGGCUUGGGGGCGUAAGACAGGAGAUAGCAGCAGUUGGCCGAGCGAAUUAGUGCCGUUGCGUUUCAUGAUUCGUUGUUGAUCCUCCGAUAUGCCAACAAUCCUGUGUUCGACGAUGAAGGGUCACCGAUGGUGCCUGAUGAGCCACACGAGAUAUGCAGGAUCAAGUGGCGAGCGACUUCGACGUGGCCGAGCACGAGCUGGCGGGCGUGCUGCAGCAGCUCGUGCGCGAGAAGUGCGAGGUGUGGGGCGAGCACUUCACCAAGGGCAUGAACCGGCCGGCGGACAUGCCCGCCGGUGUGUGCGUGCGAGACGAGGGGCUGCUGGUGCUGGGCUGCCCGUUUGGCACAUCGGAGUUCAUGGAGCGGCACUUCGCCAAGGUGCUCAAGAAGACCCAGCACCUUCUCGACAACCUGCCCCGGCUGGAGGACCCGCAGAGCGCCGGGAAAUUCCUCCGCUUCUGCGCCACGCCGAAGUUCCACUACCACCUCCGCACCUCCCUCCCCUUCACCCGCCCCCUCGCCGAGGCUGCUGGCAAGCACUCUCGCGCCCUCAUCCAGGCCGCCUGCACCCUUUUCUUCCUCGGCGACGUCCAGACCAAGACCGUCCGCCAGCUCAAGCUGCCGCUGACUGAGGGGGGGUUCGGCCUCACUGAUGCCGCCCGCAUCGCGCCAGCGGCGUACUUCGGCGCGAAUGCGGUGGUGUUGGCCGAUGUCCUCGCCCGCCACGAAGGCGCCGCGUGGAUGCCGGCGCAUGGGCGCGCAGGGCUGGAGGCGCAGCCAUGGGUGCAAGCGAUCCAGGCCGCGUACGACCACCUUCUCACCCACUACCCCCGCUCCCCCCAGUCCGACCCCCUGCCUGACGUCCGCAGCCUCAUGCUCCGCCCCGUCGGCGGCCUGCAGGCCAAGCUGACCCAGCGCAUCCACCAGCAGGAGUCCGCCUCCCUGCAGGCAGCCCUGAACGACAUGCGUGACGACGCCGGCCACCCGACGACCGACGGAGCCCGUCUGCAGAGCUGCAAGGGGCCGGGGGCGACGGCAUGGCUGCAGGCUAUCCCAUUCAGCCCCGCAACGACCAUCUCCCCCGACGCCUUCGUGUGGAAUGUGCAGUUCCAGCUCGCGUGGUGAAGGGACCGACGACCUGUGGGGCGUGCACGAAGCCCUGCGACCCGUGUGGCGACCACAUGCUCAAGUGCCCCAAUCGCGGCUACCUCACCAACCGCCACAACACCGUCCAAGCGACCGUCUACCGUAUCUGCAAGGAGGCCCGAUGCCCCAGCGUGAAGACAGAGCAGCUUCUGCGUGACUACCAGUGC